AUGGAGAAUGUAAGAGUGAUGGAUCAAAGAGGGGGGAUAUCUAUAGUGUGUGAGAGAGAGACUGACGGUUAUAUGAGAGUGGGAGAGGUUGGGAGAGAGAGGGAGAGGAGAGAGAAAGAGAGGGAGAGAGGGAAGAAAGGAAAGGGAGAGAGGGAGAGGGAAAAAGUAGCAGAGAAAGAGAGAGAGCGAGUCACAACCUGCAACUACACCAACAACAAUGCAGCAACCUGGAUCUACACCAACAAUCCAGCAACCUGCAACUACACCAGCAACAAUGCAACAACCUGCAACUACACCAGCAACAAUGCAGCAACCUGGAUCUACACCAACAAUCCAGCAACCUGCAACUACACCAGCAACAAUGCAGCAACCUGCAACUACACCAGCAACAAUGCAGCAACCUGGAUCUACACCAACAAUGCAACAACCUGGAUCUACACCAACAACAAUGCAGCAACCUGGAUCUACACCAACAACAAUGCAACAACCUGCAACUACACCAGUAACAAUGCAACAACCUGCAACUACACCAGCAACAAUGCAGCAACCUGCAACUACACCAGCAACAAUGCAGCAACCUUCAACUACACCAGCAACAAUGCAGCAACCUGCAACUACACCAGCAACAAUGCAGCAACCUUCAACUACACCAGCAACAAUGCAGCAACCUCAACAAUGCAGCAACCUGCAACAAUGCAGCAACCUGCAACUACACCAACAACAAUGCAGCAACCUGCAACUAAACCAGUAACAAUGCAGCAACCUGCAACUACACCAGCAACAAUACAGCAACCUGCAACUACACCAGCACAAUGCAGCAACCUGCAACUACACCAGCAACAAUGCAGCAACCUGCAACUACACAAACAACAAUGCAGCAACCUGCAACUAAACCAGUAA